AGUAAGUACAUAAUGCCUAAUGGGUUAUCUAUCAGGGUGUGCAAAGUGCAAACCAUGAUUAGCCCACAAUUAAUUAAUCUUUUAGUUCCCGCCAGAGCCAUUCCCAAUUUUUUGACGAGAAAGAUCAAUAUAUAGAUUUUCCCUCUCUUUUCCUCAGUUAUUUUCGGCAACGAUUCAGCUUCUCUAAUCCCUAAUUCCUCCUUUUCCGCCACCACUCUCACGCACCGACACGACACCGUUUUCUUCUUCCCCUUUCCUCCCUCGUUUAUCGUGCCACCUACUCAGGGCUCUCUUUUGCUGUGUUCCUUGGUUGCUUGGUGCAGCUUACAAAGAAGCAAGGAAUAGAGUACUAGUUUUCAUCUAUCUUUAAUGCUGAAAGAGAUUUAGGGCAAAUUUUGAACCCUAAUUUUUCCAAAAUUGACUCUACAUUAGGGUUUCUGAAUUGUUAUUGAAAGAAGUAUGUCGGGUGGGUUAAGCUUGACACACCAUGUCAUAAUUCAAGCUCUCUUGUCACGGGGACCACUCAAGGAGAAGGACUUACACUCCAUGUUUGAGGAUCUCACUAAGAAAAAUCCAGGCACUGAUCGUCGGCUAUUCGAUGCGUUUAUUCUGGCCAUCAACAAGGCCCUUACUUGUGCUAACUUUGAGUUGCGCGGCUGCAUCAAUCAAUAUGAUGGCCAAGUUUAUUAUGGAGUAAUUAAUACUGUUUCUGAUGAACAAUCCAAGCUGGGGACGAAGUAUACAGUUCCACAAAUUGCUUUCUAUAAGGCCAUUAUUGAAGCAAUAGUUCAAGGUGGCACUGCAGAAGGUUUUAUCUCCAGCAUUGAUGCUCUCAAUCUUAAUUUGGAUAGCCAGGCUACACUUGUCUCCAGCUCACAGUCUCAAGGAAGCCAGCAACAAUCUCAAGAAAGCCAACAGCAUGUGCCAUAUGCAUUUAAGAAUUUUACUUUGUCUCAAAAGGACAAAACUCUAAGAGAACUUGCGAAGGACUUGUGGUUGAAUAUGACUGCAGAUGGUAAUGUUAGACUUGGUGUAAAAUCAUUCCUUGAUCUCCGCAGUUGGUUUCGAAGCAAUGAUGUUCCAUCCUGUCAAGUUUGCAAUGAAGCUGGAAUAAAGGCAGAGUUGUGCAAAAAUGAAAAUUGUACUGUACGAAUUCAUCACUACUGCCUGAAGCAACUUUUCUCGCAGAUAAAGGCUGCUAAAGUUUGCCCAAGUUGUGGCACUUCAUGGCCAUUUACAGUACCCAAAGCAGAAUAUGUACAGACUGAAGAUGACAAUGGACCUAGGCAAAGCCAACGAGCUACUGGUUCUAAAGGAAAGAAGCGAAGAGCCAAUAGAAUUGUUGAGGAUGACGGAGUUGGAUGCAGCAAUCAGGAUGAGCUGAAUGAACGUAGAGGAAGCCAGCAUGACAAUGGACGGGCACAAACAACAAGGACAAGAUCAUGUAGAACUCAUGAAGCAGAUACAGUAGGCCCUGGUGCAUCUCAAUCAUCAUCAGCUUUCUCUGAUUUGCCAAGAGUAACCCGGAAAUCUUCUCGCCAGGUCUAAAUUGAUCAUGGGGCCCUGCUGUACCAGGGAAUGCUAGGUGAAGCACUAUAUUUUGCUGCUGGCUAUGUUUUGUGGAGCUUCAUUGAUAUAUAUUAUAUAUUUGUGUUUUUGUAGGUGAUGUAGUUAGCUAUUUUGAGUAGCUAUUUCAAAUUCAGCAAUAUCUUGUUAUGGUAGACUGACCUGUGGCUUGAAACACUAAACUUCUAGCUAGUAAUCUAAAUAUCAGCUUGUAAAUUUGUGUUGAUGAUGUUAAGGUAGAGGCAUUGAUGUUAUGAUCAACUUUGGUA